CUGCAGGGGCCCAGGCGGAGGAUGUGACGCGGCUGCUCCCUGCCAUGGGAUGCGGGGUUCGGCGGAGGCUCCCAAGCGGCCCCGCUGCGGGGAGGGACAAGGAGCCGCAGCCCUCCCGUCCCUUCCCCCCACCAGAGACCGCUGCUCCCCCGCCCCGCCUCCCCCAACGUGGCGGCGGCAGGGGGCGAGCCAGAGCUAGGCCCCGCCCCUUCCUCUAUUGGUUGUCCGGCUAGCAGCCGAGCGCUCUCCGUCGCCAUAGCAACCCGCUCUCCUUCCUCCCCCCCCCCGGGGGCCGGCCCGUCUUAUCGCGAGAGGCGAGCGUGGGGGCAGCGGCCGGGUCUAUAGAUACCUGCUCCCCACGGCACGCGAAGCGGGGGUGAGGGGGAAGGAGAGGUUAGGUAGGAGGCUUCCGGUCCGGAAGUGACGUGGAGGAGCGGUGUUCUGACAGGUAGAGGCGGCAGGUGGAUGCAGGUACCCAGCUCGAGCCAGCCGUUUCCGGCACUUUGGUGUAAACGGAGUCUCAGGUCAAAAGACUCCAGCCAGCAAGAGCAAUGUUUGGAGACUUGGACUAUGACAUUGAGGAGGAUAAACUUGGGAUCCCCACCGUUCCUGGGACAGUAACCUUGAAGAAGGACACUCAGAAUCUGAUUGGGAUCAGCAUUGGGGGAGGAGCACAGUACUGUCCCUGUCUCUAUAUUGUUCAGGUGUUUGAUAACACUCCGGCAGCCCUAGAUGGAACUGUGGCGGCUGGCGAUGAAAUCACAGGAGUGAAUGGGAAGUCAGUAAAAGGGAAAACCAAAGUGGAGGUAGCCAAAAUGAUACAGGUGGUAAAGGGAGAAGUGACUAUUCACUACAACAAACUCCAAGCCGACCCAAAGCAGGGCAAGUCCUUGGAUAUCGUGUUAAAGAAAGUGAAGCACCGAUUGGUGGAGAACAUGAGCUCGGGUACAGCAGAUGCCUUGGGACUAAGCCGAGCCAUCCUCUGCAAUGAUGGAUUGGUGAAGAGGCUGGAGGAGCUGGAGAGAACCGCAGAGCUGUACAAAGGCAUGACAGAGCACACCAAGAGUCUCCUUAGAGCUUUCUUUGAACUCUCCCAGACACACAGAGCGUUUGGAGAUGUUUUCUCGGUCAUUGGUGUACGGGAACCACAGCCAGCUGCCAGUGAAGCCUUUGUGAAAUUUGCAGAUGCCCAUCGCAGCAUCGAGAAAUUUGGGAUCCGCCUACUGAAAACUAUCAAACCGAUGCUGACUGACCUGAAUACAUACCUGAACAAAGCCAUUCCCGACACAAGACUGACCAUCAAAAAAUACCUGGAUGUCAAGUUUGAGUACUUGUCUUACUGCCUGAAAGUGAAGGAGAUGGAUGAUGAGGAAUACAGCUGCAUUGCACUGGGCGAGCCCCUCUACAGGGUCAGCACUGGGAACUAUGAGUAUCGCUUAGUCCUACGCUGCCGCCAGGAGGCACGCACACGUUUUGCCAGGAUGAGGAAGGAUGUGCUGGAGAAGAUUGAACUGCUGGACCAGAAACAUGUGCAGGACAUCGUGUUCCAGCUCCAGCGCUUUGUCUCCACCAUGUCCAAGUACAAUGAUGACUGCUACGCCGUGCUCCGGGACGCAGAUGUCUUUCCCAUCGAAGUGGACCUAGCACGCACCACCCUGAGCUAUGGUCAGAAGGACGUCUUCUCAGAUGGGGCAGAGGAGGAAGAGGAAGCAGGAGAGCGAGAGGCCAGGAGGAAGGAGGAAGCAAAUGGCGAAAAGCUUAUUGAUGAUGCCUGAAUAUGCUGACACAGCGGGCGGGAAAGACAUUAGAGACUGAUAAAAUCUGUUUCACAUGGUGAUUCGUCCUCAGUGAUUUUCUGUAUAAGCUCAGCCAGGGAUUCCUCCUCUGCUUCGGAUGGGGGCAGUUGGGAUGACUUGGGCGCAAAGUCCGCACUCUUUCCAGCCUCCACUUUCUCCUUCCCUCCCUCUUUGCCUGGAUGGCUUUCCCCAGUGUUCCAUUGCCCAACUCGGAGGCUGAGGUAGGGGGUUACUGUGGGGAACCCUUUGAGGAAUUCCCUCCCCGCACCAUAUGAUUCCACCUGUGGAGGGGACCUUUCUGAGUGUGAAGAGCACAUCCCUCCUCUUCUGCUGCCUGCGUCUGCUAAAAAAAGCACCUCAAGAGGGAUAACUAUGGACAGCAAGAACAGCUCCUCCUGAUCUACCCUCACUAGAUGGAAAAAUGCUGAAGUCAGCAGGACCACUCGCUCCACUGCUGACUACCCUGGGACCAGAGGGUUUUGCCUCUCUACUCUCCCACUUCAAAUGUUGUUUACAAUUCUGCUGCCCCUGCUGGCUCUAGGUAGGUGUGAGGAUGCUAGAGGAAUCUGCCCCCUCUCCACCUGCUUUGGCUACUGUUUCCUAGGGAAGAGAAGGAGAACCCAGGCAAGCUGAGGUUUAGAACUAGUGGUAGAUGUAAACAGGGCAUCAACCAACAAGGGACUGAUGAAAUCCUUUAAGGAAAGGGCUGCCUGGAGCCCUUCCCAUGUGUAGCAUAACCCUCCCCAAAGAAAGAGAAGGGAAAUGGCCUUUAUCAGAGAGGAACCAUCUUCAUCAGUACAUGGGCAACAGGUGAACCUUCUACUAGUCAAAGAGAGGAGGUUUGUGAAAUUCACACUGGCUCAGGGGACUCUGGUCCAUGUGUUUCCUUGGUCAUUUCCCCUCUCACAUUUUGCUCCUGGUUGGCCUUAACCAGAUUUGCUCCUUGAAGAUGCACAGCUUGUCAUGUGCACCCCUCCCUGUGCAUAGGUGCCAAGAGGUGUGAUCAUUAUAAAACUGGGGAGGAGUUGCUACGGCCUUAUAUCAGAGAGUGUGUUGAACAACACAGUCUUAUGGGGAAGGGAAAACAGUGCCUGCAGAUGGAGAUUAUUUUAGACACGUGAUGUAAGGAGCAUGGAGUAUUAAAUCACCCACCCCCACCCUACAGCUUGCCCUGUUGCUACAGGACCAUUCGGUUUCCCAUUUUGUGCUGCCUUCGGGCCAGAAAGCCCAGCUGAAACUCAUAGCUAAGGCUCCUCACCCCCAACACAAGGCAAGGGGAAAAGGAAAAAUCAGGGGAAGUAAGGAUUCCUCCCAACCCUUCUUCCCUUUCUCUCUCCUUUUUGGAGUCCCAGUUCCAUAUCUGGCUUUCUGUUUGUGGCAGUGAUCUGUUGGGGGUGAAGGUUUUGACUUCUCCCCACUCCCUAAGGAUGACAUGUACCAGCUGGCAGUGAGCAAGGCUAUUAAGGGCAUUAAUUUAUGAUUUAUAUGUUUUUUACUUGUUUUGUUUCUGGACUCUGUUGUCAUCAUCUCCGUGGGUGCCUCAAGAAGGCCAGCUAGGGCUAGGCUGCUCUGGAAGACUUGAAUGGGCUUUAAUAUGCUGAUGGUUGCCUCUAAUAAAGAAAAACAUAACAUUUCUA